AUGGCUCGACGAUUCUACGUUUUCUCCGUCAUUGUUUUGUGUCAAGCCUCCCGUAAGAUUCAGUUGAAAGAAAAGAAAAAAAAGCUGAAAUCGAAAGGUAUUCUGUCUGGCGUAUUUGUUCUUAGUCGAACAACAACAUGUGCAAAUCCUGUCAAUUGUUUGAUUGAUCCAUGCCAAGGUGCAACACGCAGAAACUAUACGAAUGCUGUGUCGCAAAUUACUGUGGGGGAUGCAAUCGAAAUUUCUACGUUGGCUGCAAAAAGGUCGACUGUGGAUAAGAAUCAAUUUUCAUAUGAUCUAUGGAUAUCUUUAUUCAAAAUAAAUUAA